UUUGGUUUAGUCGGUAGCGACUUGGAUUUUUUGUUUUUAUUAGGGUCAAAGGUUCGAUUCCACCUACGGUUUUUAUUUACUAUUUGAUUGGGAAAAUUUAUGAAAUUAAAUUUUUUACUGAAGAAAGCCUAUGACGCUUUGGUUUACUGGGUAGUGACUUCGAUUUUGUGUUUUAUAGGGUCUGAGAUCUCAGAUUUAAUUCAAAGCAUUCUUGGUUUAUUCUUCUUCAAAUUUCCUUUAAAUAUUUAUUCAAUAAAUAAUUCUACUGAAUUAAUUACUGGAACGUUAUAUGCUAUAGAAAAUGUACCAAAUUUUCGGUUGAGGUUUUGGUUACGGAGAGCAUGGUCCAGAAUAAUAACUUCUUGCCCAGAACAAUAUUCGAAUACAAUAAUUCCAUUGGUUACCCGUCUUUCCUUUCAUUUACAAAAAAGAUUGGUGGAACAGUGGUUAUUAAUUAAACAAACACAAACAACUGAUGAAUAUGAACCUACAGAAGAGGAAUUAAUUGCUGAAAGUACAAUGAGCUUAUUAACAAGAGAAUGUUCCUAUUUUAUUGUUCAUUUUAUUCUUGGCGAAACAUUUUCACUUAAAAGUGCUAGAAGAGAUAUUCCUUUACCAAUAACUUUAAUAUCUAGAAAAUUAAUGGAAAAUGAGACUGUUCGUUUAGCUAUAAUUGGUUUAUUAGCAAGAUUAAUUACCUGUCCAGAUUCCCAAGCUGUUGUAAAAUGUAUGCCUGCUGUUACAGUUAUUGUACAUGAAUAUUUUUCAACAUUUGAUGAACAAACAUCAAUAGAAUUACUUGUUUGUAGUAUUAAAAGUUUACAAAUGUUUUCAAAUGAUGAAUUAGCAACAGGCCCAUUAUUAGUUUUAAUUUAUGAUAUUUAUUCCUAUUUACGUCCAAAAUAUCCUUCAUUACUUGAAGUUAUUAAACAGGUCCCAACAUGUUUACCAGAAAAUAUUUCAACAUUUGAUACACGUAUAAUGUCAAUGGUACAACCUGAAGAUGCCAAAAAUUUUGAUAAAAUUAAAAAAGAUUUGGUUAGAAAAGUGUUGACAUCGACAAAAUCGCGACUUCACUACAGAAAAGCUUCAUCUGAAACUAAUGGAGGAGAUGAAGAAUUAAAAGAAAUGGAAUGAAUAGGGAGGUUUUUUUUAAUUUAUUUUCUUUUUUGAUAUUUUUAAGUUUUUCUUUUCUUAAUGUUAAUUGUUGAAAUUUUUUGUUAUUUAAAUAAUAAUGGAUUUGACUAAUUUUGAGUUUAGGGGUUGGAGAAUU